ACAAAUCACAAAAACAUGGAACAAAAUCAAUCUCCCCAUGUAGUUCUCUUAACCACGCCAGGAAUGGGUCAUCUCAUUCCACUCGUGGAACUCGCUAAACAUCUCGUUCAACUCAAUUUCUCAGUCACCUUCUUCAUUCCCAGUGAUACCCCCAUAACCAAAGCUCAAAAAUCCUUCCUUGACGAUCUUCCCCAUCGAGUAAGUUACCAUCUUCUUACUCAAGCCAACACCGACGAUUUACCCCCAGAUGCCAAAAUCGAGACCCGAAUCUGCGUUUUGCUUAACCGAUCACUACCCUCGAUUCACGAAUCACUCAAAUCUCUUUCUUCCACGAAUCGGAUCGUAGCUUUCGUUUCAGAUUUCUUCGGGUUUGAAUCAUUGGCAAUCGCUAAAGAACUUAACAUCCCUCCUUAUAUUUUCUUCUCAUCCACAGCUAUGAUUCUCUCUUUUCUUCUUUAUUUACCGGAGCUGGAUAAGAAAGUCUCCGGCGAAUACAAGGAGAUGACAGAACCGGUUCUACUCCCGGGUUGUAUUCCUCUCAACGGAAGGGAUCUUCUAGACCCGGUUCAGGACAGGGGAAAUGAUGCUUAUAAACAUAUGCGUUCAGCCGGGGAGACGUUUAAACUGGCGGAAGGGUUUUUGGUGAAUACUUUUGAGGAUCUUGAACCUAACGUUUUAAAGAAUUUACAAUCUAGUUCAGCGGUUUACCCGGUCGGACCGCUUGUACGGAUGGAUACUAAUUCAAAUGGACUUGAAGGGUCAGAGUGUUUGGAUUGGUUGGACACCCAACCGCCCGGUUCGGUUAUUUUCGUUUCUUUCGGUAGCGGCGGGACCCACACGCACACUCAGAUGACCGAGUUGGCUCACGGGUUGGAACUGAGCCAGCAACGGUUCAUCUGGGUUGCAAGGAGCCCGAGCGCUGGGGUGGCGGAGGCGAAUUAUUUCAGCGUUCAUAGCCAUAACGAUCCGUUGGCAUUUUUACCCGAGGGGUUCGUCGAGAGGGUUAAGGGUCGGGGUUUGGUUUUGCCUUCGUGGGCCCCGCAGGCUCAGGUUCUCAUGCACGAGUCGACUGGGGGUUUUCUUACGCAUUGCGGCUGGAAUUCGACGCUCGAGAGUAUAGUGAAUGGAGUGCCUUUAAUCGCGUGGCCUUUGUACGCGGAGCAAAAGAUGAACGCCGUGUUUUUGACCGAGGAUUUGAAAGUGGCGAUUAGGGCGGACAAUGAUAAGGGUGAGAUCGGACGGGAGGAGGUUGCGACGAUGGUGAAAGCGUUGAUCGAAGGUGAAGAAGGGGAGGGAAUUCGAAAACGGAUGAAGGAUAUGAAGGAGGCAGCCGCAAAAGUUUUGAGCCAAGAUGGAUCUUCUACCAGAGCACUUCUCGAGGUAGUUCAGAAAUGGAAGGCCGUGCCCGAAAACUAAACUAGGUGAAAUGGUCGACCCUAAUGAUAAUGAUUGAAUUGGCCUGAUCCGAACUCAAUGUCAUUUUUUCGUGAUUCUUUUAGACUUGUUUGG